UGCGUGGUGGGUUUGUUCCGCCCACUGCGUAGCUCGCUAUAUCUUCUUACAACGACUGACUUUGACACGGCCUGCGUGUAUCAUAGUCGUUAAGGCCAUCACAAGGACGCAGAGAAGUGUUUCUACCAGCUGCGGAAGACCUUAAAUCACUUGCUCCUUGUCCAUUCUGAAAUCUCUUACGAUGGCUGGAUCCGAGCACGACAGGAACCUGGAGACUGACAACUGCGCGGACUGGUCGGCCAUGGACGCCCGGCGGCGGUCCUUCCGUGACUUCCCCCAGCAGGUGUCGGCGGACAGGCUGGCGCGGGCGGGCUUCUACUUCACGGGCGACGCGGACCGCGUGCGCUGCUUCAGCUGCCGGCAGACGGUGGAGAACUGGCGGGCGGGAGACGUGCCGGCCGAGCGGCACCAGCAGGCCUCGCCCGCCUGCAAGUACCUGAGCUGCACCCACCGCCUGGGCCCCGGGGCCCUCAUCAACGGGGCCGACUACGACGAGGAGGCCGAGGACAUGGAGUACCGGCUCCGCACGGGCGAGGUGGUGGACGAGUCCACCUUCCCUCUGGUCGCCCACAUGCGCAGCGAGGACACCCGCCUGCGCACCUUCGACUCCCGCUGGCCCUCCGCCGCCCCCGUGCGGCCCCGGGCCCUGGCCCAGGCGGGGCUGUACUACAUGGGGGAGGGCGACCGUGUGCAGUGCUUCUGCUGCAGGGGCAACCUGGCCGGCUGGGAGGCCGGGGACGAGGCCUGGAAGGAGCACGAGAGGCACUUCCCCCACUGCUUCUUCAUCCUGGGGCACGACGUGGGCAACCAGCCCUCCCAGCUGGGUCCCGAGCAAGGCGGUGGGCCCCCGCCCUCCAUGGACGCCUUCGAGGACCGCCUGCGGAGCUUCAGCGGCACGCAACACUCCGUGGACCCCGAGAUGCUCGCCAGGGCCGGCUUCUACAGCUCAGGUGCGCUGGACCGUGUGAUGUGCUUCAGGUGUGGAGGGGGCCUGAAGGACUGGCAGCCUGAGGAAGACCCCUGGGAAGAGCACGCCAAGCACUACCCAGGGUGCAGUUUUCUGCUGGAGGAGAAAGGCCAGGAGUUUGUGAGCAGUGUCCAGCUGCGUGACCCCCGACAGAGCUCCCUGACCGUGUCCCACCAGAAUGGGUUUUCGCGACAUGAAAGAGAGCACAACGUCAUGCAGUCAGAGAUUGCCCUGCGGGCAGUGGACAUGGGCCUGGACCCCAGUAAGGUGGAGAGGACCAUCCUGGAGAAGAUCCGCAGGACGGGCGAGGGCUACACCUCAGCGGACACGCUGGUGGAGGACGUCCUCACCAAUGCCAUGGAGAUUGGCGUGGAGCUGUCACAAGCUGAAGAUGAAGACCCCCUGGAGAAGUUACGGAAGCUGCAGAGGGAGAAACAGUGCAAGGUGUGCAUGGACAAGGACAUUGCCAUCGUCUUCAUCCCCUGCGGACAUCUGGUCACCUGCGAGAGGUGCUCUGUGUCCCUCAAGAAGUGCCCCAUCUGCUGCGCUGCCAUAACUCAGAAAAUAAAGACCUACAUAUCCUGAGCCCGCUGCACAGCCGAGAGCCUGACAUUGAUUAAAAGAUUGCUUUCCAGACAAGUUUGUAUAAACCUUUGUUUGGGACUGCUGUAUGUGCGUGUAAGAGAAUCAGGAAAUAUAAUUAACAUAAUUAAUCGAUUUUAUUCUUUUCAUGCUCAAAAACAGUGUAAAUAAGAUGACUCUGAACUCUCAAAUAUGUAACAUGAUUUCAGCACAGAGCAUUGAUAAAAUUAUGUUUUCUAUAUAUCCCACUUGUCAUGGGGUUCAGAAGCAUCUGUGGUCAUUCUAAGAGGUAUCAUGACUAUUUUCUAUAUCUCUACAGCAUCUUACUGGAAAGCUGCUAUUUUCCUAGUAAAGGGGAACAGAUUAUUUUUGGACCAUGCUGUAAAUAACACAAAUUGUGUGUAAUUAUCUGAUUUAUGUUUUCUGUUUUUAUUUAUUCAUGUGCAAAUUAAAGGUAAUCCUGAAUAAUAUUUUUAUAUAUUUCAAAUGUAAUGUUGAUUCAUACAUUAUGGUAUUUCACAUUGUCUCCUGAAUUUAUCUUGUGUGGCUGUUUUGUCUGCAUUUUGGUUUUAUAGAUUUGGUCUUUGCUUUGUGUUAAUUACACAGUGGAUUAUUAAGUUGACUAAAAGUAUACCUACUUGAGGUAACUAUAUACAGAGCUUUACGCAGUUCACUUCAAGCAAACGAUUUUAAUGGUUGGAGGUAAAGGUUUGUGGUGAUCCAUUUCCUCUGCUUUCUGACCCAAGGACACCUUUCUAUCAAGUCAAAAAUAAAUGAGUCAUGUAAAA